AUGGUGGCCCGAGCUUUCAGCGCUGGCGUCCUCGUGGCGGCCGCGGGGUACCUCUCGACGCGGGCGCUCAUCGAGGAGCGCACGGCGGACGCGCUUCUGCGCAUCGACGCCAUGCGCACGCGCGUCAACCCACCCGUCCGAAGGGCCACGACCAAGAAGCCGCUGCCGCGCCACGCCGUCGAACACGAGUACUACACGACGGUGCGCGAGAGCUGGAACUCGCGCGUCCUCGCCUUCCGCGGCCUGGUCCUUGACGCCGUGAAGCAGACCAACCCCAGCAACGAAGUCGACGUGCUCCGCGACCAGCUGCACCGGCGCACCCAGCUACUGGACGACCUUCGGGCAGCUUACAUGCACGAUAUCAUUGUCGUGCGCGAUCGACUCUUUGCGCAUGGGCUAGGGCCCGACGAAGCCCUCCGCGCGCUGCCCAGCGUCGACCUCACGCCGCACUUGGCGCUAUUUAGCCCGACAAAUGCAGUCCUUCGCAUCUCGCCAUGCAAGGCGUGCGGCGGCAGUGUGGCGAUGCUCCGCACCGAUGACGAAGCGCUGGGGAUCGCAGCCGACAAAGUCGCAGCGCUCGAAGCGCAAGUGGCGUCGUUGCGUCGCGCGCGAAUGGACGCGGAUGCAACCGCGGCGGCCGCAACGACUGAGCUCGGCCAGAUGCAGCGCAUGUUCCUCAAGGAGCAAGCCGCCCACCGCUCCGUGGGCGACGCCAAAAAGCGGUUGGAAGCCAAGCUCGUGGCCAUGGGCACGCGUGUCGCAGAGGCCACGCAGCUCGCGUUCAAUCUCCAGCAGCAAACCACCAAGACAGAAGCCCUAGCCGCAGCCCACAACGUGGUGGCCAAGACACUGGACGCCACCGAGCGAGCCAGGGACGCUGCGCUGCACCAGUGCACAGCAAUGGACGCGGCACUGGCGACAGCCAAAAGCGAGCUGAACGCUGGCCAAGAGCGCGAAGCCGAUCUCCGAGACCGACUGCAUCAGCUGGAAGCGAUGCACGAUGCGGCAACGCAGCGCCACGACCACGUUCGACUCGAGCUCCAUCAGACGACUCAGCGCGUGCGAAUCAUUAAAGAGCAGACAAAGCUCACGUACCUCGUCGAGGUGAACGUUCUCACACGGAAGCUUGGCGAAGCCAGAGCAAGCUUGCGCCGACUCCACGACACGACAAGCAUGCAACUCGAAGAGUACGAAAUGCGUCUCUCGCCGCUAGCAACAGCCCUCGUGAUCGCCCACGAGACGAUCGAGCGACUCGAAACGGCGCUUUGUGUCCAGACCGAGGUCGCGCCACCCCCGCCUACCGUCGAGCAAGAUGUACUGGAGCAAGUGACAGUGGCUUCGGCUUCUGCGACGGCCCUCACACGGGCCGAGUGCCACGAAGAGCUGCAGCAUUCGGCUCUCGCCGCCAAGCGUGCGCUAGCCUUGCUGCGUCUGCGCUUCUAUCUGAGCCGCAAAUGCCAACAGCGGUGCUUCUUUCCUUUUGUGCAGCUUUUGCGCCACACGGUCGCAGCACAGCGAGAGAGGCUUGUCCAUCUCUUGCAGGCCCAAGCGACCCAAGAUGCUGCCGAUCGACUGCGAGAGACCACCGAAACGAACCGGUCUCUGGAGCGCCGCGUUCAGGAACUCAGUGUCCAAGGCAAAGCACAGCGCACGGAGACGUACGCGGCCCAGCGACGAGCGGUCGAGCUUCAAGUCCAGACGGCGCAGCAGGCAGCAGAGCUACAAGUGCGCGCGCUGGCGCUGGUUGAGGCACACAAAGACGCUGACAUCGCGGCCAUGACGUACGAAGACUGUGUCGCAUCGCUCUUGCGUCGCCACGACACGCAGCUGCAAGCGUUCGUGCUCGAGCGCCAACACGCAUCGAUCGCACGUCACGCACUGCAGAGCCGUCUUGAGGACGCGUCGCGCGUGCUGCAGGAAUUGCAGCACCAGCAUGACGCCCUACGGCAUCGCUACGCCAAACUCAAGAUCGCAACUGAGACGGCCAAAGCUAAGACCAAAGCUGUUGGCGAGCUCGCCGACGACUUGCAGCUUUACGGCAAUCAGAUGUGUGCACUCGAGGCCAAGCUCGCCGUUGAGACCCGCCGAGGUACCAUGUACGUCGAGAUGGUCGACAACUUGACCAAAGUGCUCCACGAACAAACGCAGGGAGAGGUCUUACUCCACCAGCGGCUGCAUCGUCUCGAGCGCGCAACCAGCGAAAACGAUGCGCUUGAUUUUGAUGCGGCGCGGCGCGCGACAGCCGCCAAGGUUGUUCAGUGUGUGUGGCGCGCCAAACGAGUCCGCGCCAAGCAAGCGCUCACGAUCGGAAUCCAGCGACAGCUGCUCACACAACAGCUGGCGUCGCUGCAGAUCAGCCAAGACGCUGCAGUGCAAGGCUUGCACUGGCUGGCGGUAGCCGAGGCGCAUGCAACCACUUUGCAAGCCCUCGGAGUCGAUCCCGGUUUUCUGGCCGACGCGCCGCGCUGGGACACGGCGAAGCGCGAUACCGCAGCAAACUCGAUUCAGUCGGCGUGGCGGCGGCGGAGAGAGAUGCGAGGUCGACCUCCCGCCCCUCUUGGCAGCCCCGAACGGAUUGCGCAGGAGCGACACAACCGAGCACACGCCUUGCGCCAGACGUCGCGGCACGAAUCGCUCGUGGCCCUGGACGUGGCCAAGGUGCACAUGCAGAAGCUUGCGGCGUGCGGCGUGCGCGUCACGGUUGCCCACGGCAACCCGCCGCCCUUGAAACAAAAAGCAAAGAAGCGAUGUGCCAUCGCAACGCAGUAG